AUGUCGAUAGCGGCAAGUGCUUGCUGGCUGGUUUUCUUUGAGUACGCUGCUCAUUUUUCUUCGUUGGUCCAUGCACACGCCUUUUCCGGUGACCUCGUAAGCACGGUCGUUUGGUUCGACGCCAUCAAACAUGCGGUGAACGCAGGAAGGAUGCCGCGUGAGUUGGGAAUCGCGAGCGUCGUCCCUGAAGAAAGUGCGGGCACUUCAUCUUUUUUGACUCAGGGAGUCCUCUCAGCUGUGAAGUGGCUUGACAGGCGGGUUUUUGUGUAUUUCGCCGAGCGUUUUUCGCCCUCUAUUUGCAGUGAGGCUUGCAAUAUCCACAGUCUUUGUGACCAGCGCGAGCGUGCGCCCAUGCGCGGCGGGAGAGCCGGCGCUGCGUGCGUGUGCACAGGCUUCAUCCUUCUGGUUGAAUUUGUUGGGCUCGUAGCAAGGCUGCAACUCCCCUGCCCUGCCAGUGAGACGAUUUUCGCAGGAGCUGCGUUCGCUCUGCGGCUUCGCUACUCACGGCACUCGCCGCAUCGGCGAGAUGGAGCACCAGCGGCAGAAUCCGCGGCAGCCAACGUGCCAGCUCUAUUUGCUCGAAGCGUGCGCGGACAGUUUAGCUGCGCGAGUCCCAACGGCCGAAGCCGCGUCAUCGACAGAUACAAGUCCUCCAAGAUGAACGUAAUGUCGGUCUUCGCGUCUCUGCGCGAGCUCCUCAGGCGCCUCUACAGGGCGCUGCUUAACGUCGUUAUUUCUUUUCUAACAGGCAUGUCUGAGCUGGAGCGCCUUCUCAGUCGUUUUCCGGGCGUCUCUACGCGGCGCGCCUCACCCGCGCUGCAAACAGACACCUCUGCGAGGGAAGUCUGCCUGACGGACGGUGCCGUCUGCCGACUUGCAGUUGCGAGGAACCUCGUCAAAAUCGAGAAUCACCUUCGGACCCGCUCGCCUUCAACGGGCAUCAAGGCUGGGCUGGACAGCGCUCUCGUGCCCGUCGAGGAUUUGUCGCAGCUCAUCUGCGCGGAGUGUGGGGUCCGAUCGGCGCCUCACGGCGCACAGUUGGUGACCGUCCUGCGCAUGAUCCGGCGGAAACAGGAAGCGGCAGAUCGCGUGAAGGCCCGCGCGCGCCAGCGCUUCGACCCGGGGUGUUCAGAGAACCACCGACGACUCGAGCGUCUGUGGUGCUUGUUUUUCGACAAGCCGCUGCCUCCGUCCUUCCACCAUUGUUCGUCGUUUCCCACAAAGGGCGGUCGGGCUGACCGACAGCCCAGUUGCGCGAACCCCUCCCCCUCCUCGACUCUCUCCUCGUCACCGACUCCGACCGGCUGGUCUGCGUCGUCGUCCUCCCUCAGGCCAGAAGAAGACUCCGCGUCAUCGUCCUCCGAGCCUCUGUCCGCAGCUUGCGCGGAGCCCGGGGCUUCUUCAGCGGGGCGGAAGGAACUCUGUCGAGUUCCUCGUGACCCCCAGGCCGCAGCGGACGACGCCGGACGAAGAAGCGGGGCGCGCGGCGGCCACCAGGCGCCAGAAGCUGCUGAGUCCUCUCCUCUCUGUGCCGAUGGGAGGGGGGGGUCCCUCGAGCGCCAGGAGUCCUCGUGGGGCGAGCUGGGCUUUCAGCACCCCCUGCACGAUUUCCGCGGUGCAGGCUGCCUGGGCGCGGACUGCCUGCUUGUUCUCGGGCGACGCUUUCCUGAAGUGGCUCGCCGGCUCCUUGAAGAAAGCCGCGAAGAGCAGUUCUGGAUGCCGUUCGCCGCAACAAGCAUCAACGUCGUCGGGUGGCUUCUCGAUAUCAUGAACCGUCAUCUGCUGGACGUGUUUUUCUUCGCUUGCGAUGAGACAAGUUGCAUCGCCGACGGCGAGGUUUCGGCGGCCUGCAGUUCGACCAAAUCGUCUGCCUCGAACGACCGGCGUCGGGAGGACUUCGAGGGACAUGCAGACGAAGAAUCGAGCGGCGCAGUUCCCGAAGUGUUCCUUCUCCUCUAUGUUGCGGCCUUCACGCGCUUCUGCCGGUUCUGGCGCAGGAGGCGGCCCGAGAAUGUUUUGCAAUUCGGCGCGGUCUCGAUGGACUUCCGAGCGCGACUCGAGAAUGCCUUCAGGGAAUUUGCAUCGUCUCCAGAAGACGACGAUUUAGGCGCGAUGGGAAACGUUUUUCGCAAGAGGAACCCCCCAGAUGAAACGGAAAUCUACGGGGCAGCGAAGGAUGUGCUCGAGGACAUCGUAGCCUGCAUAGAAAGCGAGGAGUUAGACUGCGACGGGGACUGCGUAAAAUAUUUUCUGUCUGGACGGACUAGGCAGGGCGAGAAGUCAGCUAGGGGCGCCGAGGCGCCGCGCAGGCGUCUGCAGUUGAGUCGGCUUGUGAACCACUACAUAGACAAGUAA